ACGAAAUAGGAACAACAACAACAAUGCCAAAAUGGUUGCCUUUGAGAAAAUGAUCGUUCAAUGUCUAUGAUUUCGAAUGAAAUUCAGGUGGAUUGUUUACAAACUACAAACAGAGUAAUAUUCUUCCAGCGUCUUGGUCGUCACUUCAAAAAAGCCUAAUUGAUGAAGAUUGUACAGUUCUGACGAGUCCCCUCCCUGCCCAGUGACAUAGACCCCUACCCCCGGGCCGAGAAACCACCCACCCCCGGGCCGAGACAGAUGUCCAUAAACAGGUCUGCAGGUGCCAACCAUGGUGAAAGCCAGUCACCGUGCCCGACUGCCACGCUGGAUUCUAUGAGGCCUAUUAUAGGAGCAAUGAUACAUGGAUCAGGAAAACGUACAAAGACUUCACACUACAGCGAAGUGAAGUCCCCAUCCACCCCUCGUACCUACACGGAAGUGAAAACUCUCACCUACCACGACAUGUCCCACACUUUCUCAACCAAUACGACAUCAGGUUCCAACUGGGAUAUUGACGGAGGUCUUGCAGCGGACUUUGACGGUUCCUUAUCAGGCUUGGGCACAGAAUUGGGCGCCGCGACCUAUAACAUGAGUGAAGCUCUGCUGGCCCUCCCUGUAUUCAAACAAGAGAACUUGGAUAAUGGGUUUCAGUACAUCCUUGGGGCUGCCACGUCUCCAGCUGUCAAAGUCAACGAGGAAACGUUGACGUAUCUCAAUCAAGGGCAGUCUUACGAAGUGAAGCUGAAGAAGCUAGGGGAUCUCACAGAGUAUGAUGGCUACCUGAGGAGCACCAUACACGUCUGCUUCCACGAACGGCGACUGCAAUUUAUGGAGAAAGAGCUGCUGGAUUUCUGGACUCAGGCUAGGCCAGGGGAGAGAUUUCUGGAUGUAGACAUUCCUCUCUCCUACGGCCUUAUCAACGUCUCGGUGGAACCCGGCAAGCUCAACUCCAUCGACUUCAUCUGGGACCCCUCGAAGGAGACCGGCAUUUACGUGAAGGUCAAUUGCAUCAGCACAGAGUUCACAGCCAAGAAACACGGCGGGGAGAAGGGCGUGCCGUUCCGUCUGCAGGUCGAGACAAUGGAGUCGGAUCACGACGACUCGAAACUGAUCCACUGUGCCUCAAGUCAGAUUAAGGUGUUUAAGCCCAAGGGGGCCGACCGCAAGCACAAGACCGACCGGGAAAAGAUGGAAAAGCGGACCGGAUCGGAAAAAGAAAAGUAUCAGCCCUCCUAUGAAUGUACAGUACUAACGGAGGUACCAAUUGAGCAGGUUAUUCAAGCAAGCUCUACCAGGAAUGGGCUGACCCCCACUGGAUCCUUUGGCAGUCUUGCACAGGGCUUCAAGGAACAGGGGGUUGGCUCCACACCAAAGUCUGCCCCAAAGAUUCCAGCUGGCAUGGACCAGUGGAGAUGGCGGAACCAACAAUCCUGCUCUCCCACAAAUGGUACAGAGGUACAGACGAACAGUCAUGACAAAGGGCGCAGGCCAACCACCCCUCUUGAGAAGAAGUGUGAACCCACGUCCCCGUUCGCGACAGACAGUCUGGCAAAUGAACUGCCUCAGCAAAUGUCAGUAAACGCCACAGCCAUAGAAGUACAAGCGUGGCUGAACCACAACCGAUUCACCAACUACACGAGUAUCUUCCAGAACUUUGCAGGUGCGGACAUUCUGCGGUUAACGCGGGAUGACUUGAUACAGAUCUGUGGGCUAGCAGACGGGAUACGUCUUAACAAUGCCCUGCAGUCUCGGACCGUGAGACCAAGAUUGACGCUGUUCAUGUGUAAAGACUCCGACACAGUGUACCAUGCAGUGUAUUUGGAGCAACUCAGCUGCCAGGAACUCAUCCAGAAAAUUGCCGAUCUCAUCAACGUAAACCGAUACUCAGUCAGCGACGUCUUUAUGCAAGGGCCGUCAUUGAUUCGCAUUAAUCUCACAGACGAGGUUGUUCGUAACCUUCAGGACCAAUCACGCUUUUGGGUUGAAAUCUCAAGUGACACUGAAAAUCAGGACUAUGUACGAGUGCUUCUGAAGGGGAUAGAGUAAACUGCGAGGGCGUUAAGGGACGUUCCAAAAGUUGAACACUGGGAUGAGAUUUUAUCAAACAAUUACAACAGGGCUGUCCCGUACCAUGCAACUGUUGUUUGUAUCUCUUUGGGUGUGUCUGCUUGUUAAAGAGUGUGAUUCUGUAACAGUUUUAGAGCGCAGUUUUAUGACUGUUUGUGCAGUGAGGGUGAAACAUGGAAUGGAAAGGCAUAGUUGUUAAAAGAGUGAUUCAGGCCCCAGUGGUUCUGGGCCGUGUGAAGUUAUUCUGGGAAUGGGGCCACAUUAAACUGCAAUGAACAUUCUGCCAUAAGGCGCAAAGGAGUCCAUGUUUGGCUGGAAGAUUUCACUGUUCUUGUAGCGACGAUUUUUUACUUAGAUGUUUUAACUCCAAGCUAUGUCAUUUAAUAAUUUAAUAGGUAUUCGGAGCACAGGAGGAAAUCCCAUUUUUUUUAUCAUAUGCUAUACCCCGUUUCCCAUGUAAUACAACCAUUACAUAUUUUUUUUUAUUACACAUGUGUAAUACAAAAAAUUUAAGCGUUUUUAUUGGCUUAGUUUUCGUUUAUUGACCAAUCGCAUUUUGUUAUUUUGCUGAAAUGACGUUAAAACGUCAAAUGACAUCACGAAAUGUAAACAUUAUUCGGGAUUUAUCAUUAUGUUUGUGUAAAUAUUUAUUUAAUUUGCUCAUUUAAAAGCAUGUGGCCAAAAAGAUCUUACACUCCUUGUCAUAUCAUACCAUAUUUUAUUAAACUCGUCCAGGAAAUUCGUUAGUAAGGUCGCCAAAGGCUUGCUUACUAACAAAUUCCUGAACUCGUUUAAUAAAAUAUGGUAUGAUAUGACAACUCGUGCCAGAUCCUAUAUUUAUGUAUAUGUUUUUAUACAUAUAUAUAUAUAUAAAUAUAAAUAUAUAAAAAAAAAUAAUAAUAAAACAGGAUUCCUUUAUGUGAUUCAGAGCUUAGAGAGAAACUGUUGCAUCAUAUCUAUCAAGAUGUUUCAUGUUACUGUUGAUUCUGCUAUCUUUACCUUCUUUAUAUAUGAUAUUCAAAUUGUUGCCUUCUCUUUAUGGAAACACUGUUGUUUUGUUGUUAAACAUUUUUUCUGAACAUUUGUAAAUAUUUAAAGUAUAGUCUUAUACACAAAGAAUUUUUUAUUAAAUGUUGACACAAUAGUUAUGUUACUAAAGUGUGUCAUGUUUAUCCAAUCAAUAUAAGUUUUAAAUCUCAAUACAUGUACAAAACUCCCACAUAAAACAUGCAGGAGUUUCUCUGACUUUAGGGGAAAAGUAUUAUGCUGCAAUUGGGAGUUCAAAGUAGAAAAGAAACUGACAUAUUAUAAUAGUGAUGUAUCAUGGUUGAUGAAAGUGUUCUCAACAAUUUGUGAAAAAAUCUUCAUCUCAGUUUUGAGAUAGCAUUCACCGAUAUUUCCAAAUGUACAGCCUAAGUCAAUCCAUGCAUGUAUGUUAUAUGUAAUUGAAGACAAGAAUUAUUAGUUGAUUGUAUAAGAAUAUUUCAGGGUAAUGUAUGAUCCUGUCGUUUUCAGUUUGAAUGUAUGACAUUACCAGCAAUUCCAACUGUCAUUUUAUUCGUGUGUACAUAAUUUGUCAUAUUUUUUUUAUUCAUGUGUACAUAAUUUGUCAUUACCAUGGUAGCGUUUUGGCAUGGUUGCUGUCAUUUUCAUUUUGUGUCAGAUCAGAUAAUUUAACUAAAACUUGUUGUUAUUAUAAGCAAAUAUGUGGACAAGUCAAAUAUAUAAUUUGUUAAUAUUACAGUUAUAAAAAAAUUAUAGUAUCACAGAAAACACCCCUUGACUUGAUUUGAAAAGAUAAAUAUAAUCCAGUAGAAAUGUUGAACUAAAUUUGAAACUACCCUCAGACUGUUGCUCAGUUGUUAUGUAUUGUUACUUAUACAGAGUGGUUAAGUACCGUAAAAACGCAGUCAUUAAGUCGAGAUUUUUUACCUCCAAAAUUUGAUUAAAAUUACGGUAUCGACUUAUGAGGUCAACCACGAAAAAAAAUAAUGAAAUUCGACGAAGAUUGAUCCCCGCGGCAAUUGUUGUAUAAAAAAAACUUGUUGAUUUACGACACAUGAAAUGUCGUCUUUUAACUGAUACUUACCAAUUAAUAUAACCACAGUUUGCAACAUUUACAUUGUUUUUAUAUUCAUAAUUUAAUGCAAGGUUUUCAUGUUAGCAGGUGUUUUUUAUAACUGAACGCGUGAACAAAAGAUCAGGUCAUUUUUAAAGUCGAGCGAUAAUUGGCAACCUGUGUGAAUUGACAGUUUGACAUCAUCAAAGGAAAGCCGCUUCCUGUCAAGAAGCCAUAAAGCAUCACCCUUCUCGCAGAUAAAAUAAGAUUCCUUUAAUUUGUGAAGCGACAUGUUUCACCAAUCACGAGUUUGUUAUUCACUGGUAAUCAUACAAUUAUGUUUGAGCACGUGCAUAGCUCCGCCUUUUAAACUGUUAUGUAGAACAAAGGUGGCGUCGCAUCAGGAUCCAAACUGUUUGCUAUUCUGAUAGUAUUCUUUGGAAAACAAUUGAUGAAAAUGAUAAUUUUAGAAAUUCAGCAGACAACAAAUUUCCCACCAUGCAAAGGGUUAAACAUGUACAUAAGUUGAUGGAAACUUUGUAAAUAAUGUUAAGUCUAGUUAAUGUUUUAUAAACAUUUGUUUAUCAUACAUUGAUGAUUAUAUUGAAUGAACAAAACGGAUAAAAGAAAUGGGACAAGGCACUUUUUAAUUAAAUGCAAUACAAUUUGUUACAAGCAAGCAGGUUUUAUGAAAAGAAAAUAAUUAAAAUGUCUUAAAACUUUUGCAAAGGCUAGAAUACUGUAAAUUGACGUGUUGUUAGUUAUUUAUAGAUCAUGUUGGUAUUGGAUUUUGGUAUAAACAUAAUAAUGCACAUAGACUAUUUUUGCGUCAUAACUAAUAACAAAAAAUGUGUUAUGAAGAUUUUUAUUUGUUUUGAUGUUGUAACAUAAGCCCAUCAUUCACAUUAUGUCAUCUUCAACUAUUCCCUUGAUAACGUUGUUUUAUCAUUUAACCCUUUACCCCUUAUAAACGCACUCUGAUGCCUUUGUAGUCCCUUAGAAAAUCUAAUUUAAUUGAAAAUCUUUACUUUAAUGAAGUUUUAAAGGCUUCAUUUCCAAGUCCUAGAUACAGCAUUAAACCUGAACACACUGCUAGUUACUCGCAGGUUGUUCUGUUGUUUUUAGCUCACCUGAGCACAACGUGCUCAUGGUGAGCUUUUGUGAUCGCUUUUUGUCCGUCGUCCGUUGUGCGGCAUCAACAUUUGCCUUGUUAACUCUCUAGAGGCCACAUUUAUUGUCCAAUCUUCAUGAAAUUUGGUCAGAACAUUGGUUUCAAUGUUAUCUUGGAUGAGUUUGAAAAUGGUUACGUUUGCUUGAAAAACAUGGCUGCCAAGCUUUCCUUAUAUGGCUAUAUAAGGCUAUAGUAAAAUCUUGUUAACACUCUAAAGGCCACAUUUAUAGUCUAAUCUUCAUGAAACUCGGUCAGAAGAUUUAUCCCAAUAAUAUCUUGGAUGAGUUCAAAAAUGAUGCCUGUUUGUUGAAAAACAUUGCCACCACGAGGCGGGGCUAUUUUCCUUAUAUGGCUAUAGUAAAACCUUGUUAACACUCUAGAGGUCACAUUUAUUUUCCGAUCAUCAUGAAACUUGGUCAGAAGAUUUGUCCCAAUGAUAUCUUGGAUGAGUUCGAAAAUGGUUUUGGUUGCUUUAAAAACAUGGCCAGCAGGGGCGAGGCAUUUUUCCUUAUAUGGCUAAAUAUGGCUAUAGUAAAACCUUGUUAACACUCUAGAGGCCACAUUUAUAGUCCAAUCUUCAUGAAAUUUGGUCAGAAGAUUGGUCUCAAUGAUAUCUUGGAUGAGUUUGAAAAUAAUUAUGUUUGCUUGAAAAAAAUGGCUUCCAAGGGGCGGGGCAUUUUUCCUUAUAUGGCUAUAGUAAAAUCUUGUUAACACUCUUAGAGGCUACAUUUACUGUCCAAUCUUCAUGACACUUGGUCAGAAGAUUCAUUCCGAUAAUAUCUUGGAAGAGUUAAAAAAUGAUGCCGGUUGGUUGAAAAACAUGGCUGCCAGGGGGCGAGGCAUUUUUCCUGAUAUGGCUAUAGUAAAACCUUGUUAACACUCUAUAGGCCACAUUUAUUUUCCGAUCUUCGUGAAACUUGGUCAGAAGAUUUGUCCCAAUAAUAUCUUGUUAUCUCAGGUGAGCGACUUUGGGCCUUUCAGGCCCUCUUGUUUUUUAUGCUGGUUGCAAGUCAUUUUUACUUUGCUUCUGGAUGGGGAAAGGGUUAACUCACUGUAUACCAGAGAUUUUCAUUCAAAUCCUCUGUAACAUUACUGGCCUAUCUCUGUAUGUGAUUUUCUUACAAAUUUACCAUGUUCCAAAGUUCCAUGUUUUAAGGGACCUUUUCACGUUAUGGUAAAUUGACAAAAAUAAACGUUUUUAUUUCAGAUUCGCAAAUUGUCGUUGUAGUUAUGAUAUUUCUGAGCGGAAACAGAAAUACUGAGCAUUUGCCAUGCUGUAAAAUAUCCAAUUAUAUGCAUCUUUUUACUAUGUAAAAACCUGAAAAUAAUGAAGUUUUGGCAUGUGAAUCUAUUUAAUCAUUUGGAGAGUUUUGUUGUUGUUGUUGUUAUAUUUUGUGACACUACGAGGAUUGCUUAUAUACAGUAUAAAAUGGUUUGACCCCAGUUUAGGUUGGGUUUUUUUCUUUAAUUUUAUUCUUGUUUUUUUCAUUGGAGCUUUUAAGAUCAAAUGUUAACAUUUAUCAAUAUAAAGCAUUAAAUUACAAUUAAUUUACAAACUUCAAUAUUUGCCAAAAUCUCUGAAAAGGUUCCUUUAACUAUUUCAUCUUGAAUUCUGUUUAUUUCCCUGCUAUCAAUACCAUUAUUUCCAUAAUUACCAUUACCAUAUUUCCACUAUUUAUAUUAAUCAAGUAUGAUUAUUUCCAUUACCAUAUCUCCCCUAUUUCUAUUAAUCAAGUAUCAUGGCCAUAGAUACAGCAAACACUUAACACUCAUUUUCAUAACCACAUAAUCUAUAUUUUCUGUUGUAUUCAGAUAUUUCUUCAUUUACAUGUACUUUCAUAUUAUUCAGAGAUUCUUCAUUUACUUGUAUGCAGUACACACUUAUUGCCAUUGGAAAUACCAUGAUCUCCAUUAAUUUCAUGUCCACCUUUCUCUGUGAAAAGCCACUUGAUUAUUGAUCAGUUGCCAUUACUUUCAUGCAAAGUUACUUUAUAUCGCCCAUUUUAAUUGCCAGCUUGUUGUCUCCAAGCAAUUUUGUCUGAAUUCUCCAUUUGGAUCAAUUGGUUCAGAUGACAAGUUUAAAAUCUAUUCCAAAGGAAAUCAUGUUACUAGAAAUAUAUUUUAUUUUAAACAUUCUAUUGAAAUGUGGUAGUUUCAUUGUUUGAAAAAAAUAAAAUGAAACAAUCA